GAUCGCAGGUAUUCCAGGUCAACCCUCUCCAGCUCAACCUUUUUAAGGAAAACUGGCAGCUCAAUUAACAAGCCAUUAACCAAACCCCAAAUUAAGCGACUAUUAUAUCUUAAUUAAGUACGUCUUACAUGGUAACCCCGAUGCCUAUUAGUAUAGCUAAGCGCAGCUAGCUUUUGUGUCACUCUGAGACACCAGCAUUAGCUCGAUCCCCCAACGUGUCCUCUCUCAACACCUAGCUGCCAUGCUUGUCGUCUUGCUCCUACUCCUCGCCACCGCCUCCUCGCCGGCGCCGGCAGCGGACGACGGCGGGGCCUUGCCGGUGGUGAACCCCAUCGACUACUCCUGCCGCCCCACGGCAACAAGCGUCCAGCGGACGUACCUGCCCAACAGCACGUUCGCGGCCAACCUCGCCAGCCUCUCCUAUGUGCUCCCGAAGAAAGCCUCGGCAUCGGGCUUCUCGGCGGGGGCCUUCGGCGUGGCCCCGGACACGGCGUACGGGCUCGUGCUCUGCCGCGGGGACUUCACCGGCGGGCAGUGCGUCUCUUGCCUCCAGGCGGGGCUCCGCCACGCGGUGAACCUCUGCCGCGACAGCAAGGACGCGACCUUGUACUAUGACCAGUGCCAGCUCCGGUUCUCCGACCAGGACUUCCUCGCCGGCGCCGACAACUCGCCGGAGAGAGUCGCGAAGAACAUGAACAGCGUGUCCAACGGGAACGUCGACGCGUUCGACGCCCUGGUCACGAGUCUCGUGGGCGCGGUGGCAGACGCGGCCAGCAACGCGAGCAGGAGGUACGCCACGGGCCAGGCCGGGUUCCCGCCGGAGAACAUGAACGUGUACGCGCUCGCGCAGUGCACGCAGGACCUGACGCCGGCGCAGUGCCGAGGGUGCCUCGCCGGCCUCAUCGGCGAGAUGCACGAGUGGUUCACUGGGAGGGUAGGCGGGAGGCUUCUUGGGGUGCGCUGCGACAUCAGGUACGAGAAUGAUGUCUUCUUCGCCACCGCCGGCGACAUGGUGAAGCUCACGCCCUUGGUGAGUUCGUCCAAAGGGCGCAACACAACGCUUUGGAUCGUGGCCAUCGUCGUCCCCGUAUCGGUGCUUCUGAUCUGCUUCUUGGCGUGCUUCCUAUGGAUCAGGAAGCGAAGGAGAAGAGUGAUCAAUAUGUCAGGGACGGUGAGCAUGCCGACCACGUCCAUGGAGAUGGAGCAGGUGCUCAAGCUGUGGAAGAUCGAGGAGAGCGACUCCGAGUUCUUGCUCUACGACUUCGACCAGAUCGCCGACGCCACCAACAACUUCGACGACGACAAUAAGCUUGGCCAGGGCGGCUUCGGCCCUGUGUACAAGGGUGAACUGCCCGGCGGGCUGGAGAUCGCGAUCAAGCGGCUGUCGUCUUGCUCGGUGCAGGGGCUUAUGGAGUUCAAGAACGAGAUCCAGCUGAUCGCCAAGCUGCAGCACACGAACCUGGUCCGGCUGCUGGGCUGCUGCGUCCAGGCGGAGGAGAAGAUGCUCAUCUACGAGUACAUGCACAACAAGAGCCUCGACUUCUUCAUCUUCGACGGUGAGAAGGGGGCGAUACUGACCUGGGAGAGACGGUUCCGCAUCAUCGACGGGGUCGCGCAGGGGCUCCUCUACCUGCACAAGCACUCGCGGCUGCGGGUCAUACACCGGGACCUCAAGGCGAGCAACAUCCUCCUGGACCGCGACAUGAAUCCCAAGAUCUCCGACUUCGGCAUGGCCAGGAUAUUCUGCUCCAACGUCACCGAGGCCAAUACCACCAGGGUCGUCGGCACGCAUGGUUACAUUGCGCCGGAGUACGCUUCGGAGGGCCUGUUCUCCAUCAAAUCAGACGUGUUCAGCUUCGGCGUCUUGCUCCUCGAGGUCAUAAGCGGGAAGAGGACCGCCGGGUUCUACCAGUACGGCAAAUUCUUCAACCUCACAGGAUAUGCGUAUCAGCUGUGGCAUGACGGGAAAUGGCACGAGCUGGUGGACCCGGCGCUGGGCGACGGCUUCCCGGUGUCCGAGGUGAUGAAGUGCGUGCAGGUGGCGCUUCUCUGCGUGCAGGAUAGCGCUGACGACCGGCCCAACAUGUCCGAGGUCGUUGCCAUGCUGGGCAGCGAGGGGCUAACGAUGCCGGAGCCCGGGCAGCCGGCCUACUACAACGUCAGGAUCUCCAGCCUCGCCGUGUCGUCGCGGGUGUCGGAGUCCGACUCGUGUCGGGGUGUCCGAUUCGGCAAAAAAAAUUGAGACACGCCAAAUAGUACUUGAAAUCCGACACAGAUACGCGAGUGUCUGACUCAACAAAAAUUUUUGAACACGGAUGUCCGGGUAACACUGGCGAGUCCUCCUGCAGGUUCAGCAACAUACCCCUGACGGGUGACGAAGGCAGAUAAGGAGCAGAAGCGGACCUAUACUAUAGUGAGUGGGUGCAUAUGCUCCCACUCAAUUUCUGACACUACACUUUGGUUUUCUAUAUUUUGCACUUAAGACUUUAUAGUUUUUUAAUCUCUAUAUUUUGCGCUAGGUCUACCCCUGAAUAGCAGGCAAAAAUCAGAAUAGGUUGACAUAGUUGAUGCAAGAGAUGCCCGUGCCUAUCGACAUGUUAACUGAUCUUCUUGACCACCUCUCGUAGUUCUAAGUCCAUUUUUGAAGUGGCUUCAGUGGUCUACUACUCCGUAAACUUGUAAUACAUGUACGUGGCUGUAACUGUAUGUUUUUUAAGAGUUGUACGCUUAA